GUCCGCAGUGCCCGGAUGUGAGUGACGCGCGGCCGCCAUCUUCCCGUCCCGGGCAGCCAGCACCAGUCGGAGCUAGCGCGAGCCGCCGCCGCCGCCGCUGCCGCCGCCGCCGCCAUCAGCGCUGCUGCCAAGUCCUCCGCCCGCUGCCAUGUCUGCUACUGCUGCCACUGCCCCCCCUGCCGCCCCAGCUGGGGAGGGAGGUCCCCCAGCGCCCCCCCCAAACCUCACCAGUAACAGAAGACUGCAGCAGACGCAGGCCCAGGUGGAUGAGGUGGUAGACAUCAUGAGGGUGAACGUGGACAAGGUCCUGGAGCGGGACCAGAAGCUGUCGGAGCUGGAUGACCGUGCGGAUGCACUCCAGGCAGGGGCCUCCCAGUUUGAAACAAGUGCAGCCAAGCUCAAGCGUAAAUAUUGGUGGAAAAACCUCAAGAUGAUGAUCAUCUUGGGAGUGAUUUGCGCCAUCAUCCUCAUCAUCAUCAUCGUUUACUUCAGCACUUAAACCCCUGAGGAGCCUGCCCUGCCCAGAGAGGGGCCUCUCCUCCCCACCCCUGCCGCUCCUCCACCUCUCAGCCAUCUCUUCCAGCCCCCUUCCCCUGGAUCCGUGUGUGUGUGUCCGCGUGUGUGCCCCCCUGUAAAUAGCCAGCUGUUAUUUAUACAUAUAUAAUAUAUAUAUUUGGUCUGUUUGUAGUUUUAUUACUAGAAGAUUUUUCUGGUUGUCCUUAACACCCCUCCCCGAGGUUCCCACCAUCACCUCUCUCUCUUCCUCCUUGCCUUUUCCUCUCUUCCUAACCAGCCCCAAGUCCCUUCCUUUGCAUCUGCUAUGCAAUAGUCCCUCUUCCUCUCCUUCCCUUGGAUUUAGCCAAUCUUUCCUCCCAUCCUAGCCUUCCCCACACCCCCACCUCAACCUACCCCCCGACAAAAAAAGGAAAAGCAACUGUCCGGGCCUCCCUAGAUGAAUCUUCUUGGCAUCCAUCGGGAGGCUCUGAGACUGGUCCCACUUGGUCCUAAGAAUACCAAGGUCUUCUGGGAGCUUCCAGCAUAUUAAUUAGCAUACAUUAUAUACUGACAUCCCUUUGGUUUCAUUCUUUUUUGUUCCAUCAUUCUUCUCUUCACUAUUUCAACUUUUUUUUUUUUUUUUUUUUUAAUUUACUGAGUUCCCAUUGGUCCUCUUAUCACCCUUUUCAUUUGCAUGGCAUUACUUGCAGGUGGUGGGGAGCCUGGGCUUUUGGGGAGCCAGGCUGUUCUGGCCCCCAGGAUAAGUCCCCUCCUUGUCCCUCUAGUCCAGUUUGCCUCCCCUUCCCCCAUUUUCCAAACCUCUUGUCCCCUCCUUCCCCUUCCCCCCAGCUGGUGUGUGUCUUGGAGUUCAAUGUGUUAUGAUGGACCAAUAAUUCUGCUACUUGAGGUCUCUCCCCACAUUCCUUCUGCCCAGUUCUCAUGUAGGGAGUUCAACAACAUUCCCUUGGGGUCUCCCUCCCUCCCAUCUGCUUGAUCCACCUCCUCCCAGCAGGAGAGUUGGGGAUUGGCCACAAUCUGAUGUCUUUUGGGAGGGAUGGCCACCAGUGCGGGGGUCCGUCACUGCCUUGGGGAGGGGUGGGGCAGGGUAGAGAACCCCACGAAUUCCUGCCUGAAACCUCCUCUGGCCCCACCCUUGCGGGGUGGGGGCAUAGUACUGACCACCUCUCCUCCAGUUCGAGGAGUGUUGUCCCUGUCACUGUCCGGUUCCUGACUGCCCCCCACCCUGAAUUCAGGGAGGGAGUUCUAGUUACUGCCAAUGUGUGGGGGGACUUGCUGGAAGAUGGGUAUCCUCUCGCCUCUCCCAGGGCAGGGAGUAGAGCCCAGAGGGCGAGCUGUCCCCUUGUUAGGUGAAGUGGUAGAGAGUCAAAUGUCUUUUUAAAUGGCACAAUUUUAAGGGUUUGAGGGUGCAGUCCCUUAACCUGCCACCAGAAGGGACCUCCCCCAAACUCUAUCUUCUCCCCACACUCGAGGUUUUCUGUGUGGAGGGGGAGCAGGGAGAUCCAAGCUGUAGUGUGAAAAAGGGUAGGGAGAGAUGCUGGGGGUGGGGGUGCUGUGUCUAGACCCCCCCCCCCAUAUUAUCCCAGUGUCCUCUGACGCCCCACCCCAUGCCCCCAAUUCUGUGACGCAUCCAGAUUGUGAAAAUGUACAAUAAAUGUGUGAUGAGUAACCA